GUUAAUUUUUUUAUAAGCCCUCCCAUCCAUUAGAAAAAAAAAACUGCCUCUCAAACACUGUAUCACUUUUCCUUUGCUUGUUUUGCCUCUUGGACGAAUUUUAGAUAUAAUCAUCAUAUACAAAUACUCCUGCAUUUUGUCAGUGUAAGAGAGGACUCUGGUCCUUUUUGCCUGAGAGGAGGUAGAACACAACUUUAUUUUACUAGCAUAGAAUUUUUUUGGGAAGCCUUUUUGCAGAGAUCAAUUUUGAGUGAUAUGACAGUGGGAUCAGAUAAGGACCCACAACAACUAAGUGGGAAAAAAAAGCAAGCUGGUCAAUGAAUUCAUUGGAAGGAGGAAACUUCAGGUGUAUAUAGUGUACAGCAGAAGAAACAGAACUGAAAUCCAACAACUCUUAUCAUUUUCUUUGAGUUAGGUUGGAGUUGAGAUAUGUCUUGCUUAGACAGUUGGAGUUUGGUCUUCAACACGAGAGAUUUACGUUGAAAGAAAGGUGGCUGCCUGCUGGAGCACGUUUAGGGGGGCUCUUUACAAUUGUGGUUAUUGAUAUGGUUUAUGGAGUAGAUAGUAAGAACUAUUCCAGCUCUUGUAAAGGCUCAAACAGUUUCAGUCUAUAUAGAAAUGCUACUCCGUAUAAUAUACUGUGGGUCAGUUAAGCAGCUUCAGCUUCUGCGUCACAGAACUGUGGCAACUCUUAGAAGUUUUCUGUUUGGGGAUUACCAGAGGCUUCACCCCAAGUCUUCUUCCUUUCUUACAUGUGGGAAGCCCAAGGUACAGGGGAGCUUCAGAGAAAACAACCAUGAUGAUAACAAUUUAUGUCAAGCUCUGAUCAUACAUGAAGAGCAGAAUCAUGUUACAGAGAUCAAUGGUAAGGGAGGAGGAGAUGGAGAAGUUGUUGUGGGCAGUUUUUUGAAUCAUGGGGGCAUCAGAAAUGGAAAUAAUAGUGAAGAGAAGGUCAAAGUAAAUGAAGAGCAAUCAGUUCCUGUUGUUUCUGCUCUUGACAGAGCAGAGGCAUGUGUUAAAUUGGAGAAAAAGCUUAAGGAAAUUGUCAUGGAGGAUGCAGAAACUUUCGUGGAUAUUGAGGAAUUUCUCUACCAUUAUUCUCGACUCAGGUCUCCUCUUUUUGUCAACAUGGUUGACAGGGUUUUUGCAGAGUUUUUCUGUUAGUUGUUGUGUUCAUGGUUGGCAUGCAUAGAUCAUGUCUGAUGUUUUCUUUUUCAGCUCUGUAAUCUAAAUAAAACAGCACUUGCUAUUGUGUUGAGAAUCCA